UAACAUAUACUGUUGUCGCCUAGUACAGCUGUUUCAUAACACCGUCACCUCACCACACUCGUAGGAUGUCGCUGUUCCAGUGCUUGUUGUGGAUAACUCUUCUGUCAGCGAUUUCUCGUGCUUCAAUAACACCAGAUUUUGACCUAACAAAUAUUGCAGAUGACUUGUUAGCUACUAUUCCGGGAAAAUGCCUCCUACACAAGGAUGCUGCGAUAGAAAAUGAAACAGUUUUUCCGAAGAAAACAGAUUUGAUCAAAGCAGAAAAUGUCAUUGAUGUAGACACCAACGUAACAGGACACGCCAUUAACAUAACGUGUCAUAUAGACGCUGACGAGAGGCCCUGGAAUUGGACUACAUUUCAAGAAGUUACCAACUCUUUGGCUGAAACGCACAGCGGCUUCUCUAUAGAGUUGGUCAUUAUCUGUUCUCAGGGCGGUUCUGUUGUGAUGAAAAGACCUCAUGAGGCCAGACUGUUACGGUCCUUGUCCAUUCUUGGAUGUGUGAUUCGGUCGUAUGAUGUUUUGAAUCCAAGGAUGAUAAUCACACCAAACAGCGAUCUUGAGAAGAUAACCUUGGAAAAUUGCGUAUUGUUUAUACGACUGAGUGAAAUAUUGGAAGAGAUAAAAAAGCAGCAUGAACCGGAUUGCUUUGUCAACCCGCGCCUUGUAUACUACCGCCAAUAUAACCUGACUGGUUCUCACAGUGUUGACGUUAGGCUGACUAUUAACGAUAGCACAUUACUGAAGCAAUACCAGAAGAGAAACUGUCUUUGUCCUAACUUACAAUAUCUGGAACUUUCCGGACAUGCCGUCCCUGAAGGGGAGAAUUAUAUCAGUUUGUUUUUUCCUGUUCGGAGCUCGCAACCUUUGUUUCCUAACCUCACGGCUCUAGUCUUAACAGGGAACAAAAUGAAAAGCGUACCCUAUCAAUUGUACGCUGAUAAAUGGUGGACUCUGUUUGGGGCAUUAGAAAAACUAGAUUUGUCUGGGAACUCGAUCACAUCACUUCCGUUUAGAAACAGACAGCCUGAACAGACAAACCCAUUCUUGUUCGUCAAUAUGAACAGUAAUGCUAUUGAAUCAAUUACAGAGGAUGAGAUUAGAGACCUCACCGUUUUCUGGCCAAACUCUGUGUCAUUGGCCAAUAAUCCUAUCGUAUGUAACUGUAGUAUGUACGAAGUCGCAUCAUUCCUUAAAGUAACAGCGAAAGAAGACAAUCCAUGGAAAUUUAUCUACGGGAGACUUGGCAACAGUAUAGAAUGUGCGUACCCUGCUAAUCUGACGGGAGUGACACUUCUAGACCUUACGAACUACGCAAUGUGUGAUAACGAAUUAGGGUACACAAAGGAAUUUGAGAAAUACAUCGCAUUGAUAUGUGGGGUUGUUAUUGGACAUUUUCUUAUCAUAGCUCUGGUAUUGCGGUACAGAAAGAAAUCUAGGUUUGCAACGGAUAGAAGAGUGUCGUACCAGUCCCCCUCGAAAAGUCUGGACAAUAAGAUGUACGACGCCUUCAUAUCGUACAGCUCCCUAGACGAGACAUGGGUGAUGGGCCACCUUUACAAAUUCCUGGAAUCGAAAGAGUUCCAUGUCUGUCUGCAUCACAAGGACUUCAUACCGGGCGCUUGUAUAUCGGAAAAUAUCAUAAAUAGCAUUGAGAAAAGUAGGCACACCGUUUUGGUGUUGUCACCAAACUUUCUUUGUAGCGAAUGGUGUUUGUUAGAAUUUCGCAAGGCUUUCCAACAGACCUUGGCUGACAAAAACGGACAUUUGAUAGUCGUGGUCAAGGAAAGCGUUGACUUGGUCUCGCUGGAAAAUGAUAUGCGACAUUUCAUACAGACGUAUACUUAUCUGCCCCUAAGUGACAGCCAUUUCUGGGAGAAACUCAACCGGUCACUUACUUGACGUAUUGAUACUUCAGCUUGGAUCAUUCAACAGGAACCACAGACGGUGAACAUAUUGUACUUGUAUUUAUGUCGGUUGUAUCACAUUUGUCGUGAAGCCGUCCUAUAUGGCCUUAUUGUGUUAACACCAUACUAAACUAACUAUCAUUAAGGACCUCCACAGUAUGCAGGAGAUGGACACGUCUGUUGGUAAUGUAUUUACUGAUACGUCAUUAGGAUAGGGAUAUUUGUUCAUUUUUCUGAAAUAAGAAUUUAUUUACUCUUGUUAUGAAAUGGUAAAGUAUGCUUGUUUGCUGGAGUGAACUUGAAACAAUACUAUGUACAUUUGACAAGAGUAUAAGAAUACCGAUACCUCUUCUCGUAUUUCUAUAGUUUCCUGCGUAUUGUCCUCCGGAUAAAUGAUUUUAAACAUCAAAGAAGUGGGCUAUCUGACAAAAUGUUUCCAAGAAACAUGACAACUGCUGGUUAUACGAUACUUGUCAAAUAUAAGUGAACGUUUUGUUUUCCUGACGUACUAUGAGGUGCCGACAUUGCUGUAGUCAUAAACAGUACAUAAUAAGUGAGGUGAACUGCGAACGCACCAUUCAAAGUAACGAACGUGUUUUUUUUUAUUGAGGUCUUGAUUCUGUGACCACUCACAUACGAUGAUUGCUAUUAAGAAAUCCUGAAAUACAAUGGUUUAAAGUUUCGAUAGAUGUCUUAAGCUCAAUGUUAUCAAGAGUAUUGGUAUUCUGACAGAUCAUGUGCAAGAUAAUUGAAACUGCCUGCAUUAUACUGUUAUUUCCUUUAGCACAUAAUUCAAACUAUUCACUUGUGUACAUAAACGUGUAUAACAAUGUUACAAAAUUAUCAGAAUAAAAGUGCAUUAAAAUCUUUUGUAGUAUCAAACUAUAUCUUUAUGAACUGAUAUGAAUUCAGAUUUGUUUUACGUUUGUUGAUGUGCAUUCACUAGUGGAACUAUUGUCACCAGUCUAGUUCUCAUAUCGAGAAUGUGACUUACCCGAAUUUCACCAACAUUUGUAUGACGGUUGUCGUCGAUGAAGCAGAAGACGCUUACCCUUCCAGAGCUCCUGGUAUUAUUCUUGUACAUUUCGAAUGGUCUCCAUUCAAAUUUGUAUUUUAUCCAUAUUUUGUCGAUUUUUAUAACUGUUUCGCUUUAAUGUAGACAUUGUGUGUUGUGUUACCUCACCAGGUCCAAAGGUGAAGUGGCUGCAUGAAAAAUAGUUCCUCAUUCUCUAGUUUGAAUAGGUAUGAGGUUAUGAUCUGUUUAUAGUCAUUUCUGUGUAAGAAUAAUUUUGCUGUAUAUAUAUAGUUAGCUUAUAGCAGAGAGUUCUGAGGUGGAGUUGAGAGUUUAGUUCCUGGACAGGAUAUUAGAAGGACUUAGAACAGGAGUUGAUAGAAACUUAGAGAGGUUUAGAAAGUGUCAAGUAGUUUAGCUUAGUUUAGCUUCAUAGCUUUUAUUAGUUAUAAAGGUUUUUGUUGUUCGGAUACUUCAAUAGACCGACUUAGAUAAUGGUGAUUUAUUACUUUUAUAUUUAAAAGGAAUCUGUGUGUCUUCGAGUUACUAAUACUGCUGGAAGUAAUUUGACGGUUAGUAAUUUCCUAUGUACUUUGA